GCAUGUUCACAAUUUAUGUGCCCGGGAAAUCAAUAGAGCUGUCAGCGUUUCCGAUACAGCAACAACAAAUCCCGGCAGAUAAUUUAUGCCAUCCAUUGCACUACGACGCAUCGUUGUACAUACUCAUCUUCACGGCAUCAAUUCUUGCAUCAAAACUCUCUCCAUCUACUACCACCUGAAGAUUUUUCAGUAAACGAAGGGUAGUAGUAAGAAUUUAGGAAGGAGGAGAAUCUCCAAUUUGAACUUUGAAACGCCCGUCGUCCAAUCGCUCUUUGCUGAACCAGAGCUGCGAUUCGUCCUGCUAAAUAUUUAAAAAAGUAACCUACAAAGAUGAAGAUAUUCAUUUGCGCUCUCGUUCUGAGUCUCGCAUUAAUUGCGCUUGCAGUAGAUGAUAGAAAGUUGCAGAUUGGCGUCAAGAAAAGACUUCUAAACUGCGAAACCAAGACGAAAAAGGGUGACUUCCUCCACGUCCACUACAGGGCUAUGUAUGAGAAUGAAGUGGAGUUUGAUAGCAGCUAUACCACUAAGCCAUUCACCUUCACUUUGGGCCUUGGUCAGGUCAUAAAAGGCUGGGACCAAGGGCUGCUUGGGAUGUGUGUUGGGGAAAUAAGGAAGCUUGUGGUCCCACCUCAUCUGGCAUAUGGCUUAAAAGGAGUCCCUCCAACAAUUCCACCAGAUGAGACAUUGAUAUUCUUCAUUGAACUACUCAAUAUAGAGGAGAGAGAUGAAUUGUAAAUGCAUUUAUUAUAAUUAUAUUGUAUAUUAAAGCUCAAAAAUAAAUCACCAAUACAAACACACUUAAAUAGAAAAUUUA